GAAGUUGAGGGCGAUUUGUCAGUCGGACUCCGUUGAAAUGUCUCUCUCGCAGUCGUGUGUAGUUUUUUGUGAAAAUCACACUGAAUAAUAGGCCACGCGAGAAGGCAGCGCGAUUAAGUCCCCCAGCAGAGUUCAGAGUUUAAUGGGAGUGAGCAGGAGUGGUGAAUAAGCUUUUCGCAGAGAGACAGUGAGAGAGAGAGAGAGAGAGAGAAAGCUGAGAAUGAGCUGGAUUAGGAGGAUAAAGCAAUCGACGCCGGUUCACCUGUGCCUGGCCGUCACGUUCUUCACAUCAGGCCUCAUCAUCAAUGCCACGCAAUUGGUGCUCUUCAUCACCCUAAAGCCCUUCAAUAAGACCCUCUACCGCUCUCUAAUGUUCUACCUGUGCUACUCACUCUACAGCCAAAUUGUGUUCCUCACCGACUGGUGGUCUAACAGUCGCAUAAUCCUGUUCAUCGAUGACGAAUCGAUCAAGAAGCACUUUGGGCGGGAGCACGUGAUUGGCCUGAUGAACCACACGUACGAGAUCGAUUGGCUCGUUGGGUGGUCAUUUUGUGAUAAGAUCCGCGUCCUGGGCAACUGCAAGGCGUACGCGAAGAAAGUCAUCCAGUAUCUGCCCAUCAUUGGCUGGGCGUGGAAGUUCUCCGAGUUUGUGUUCCUUGAGCGUUCCUUUGACAAGGACAAGGAGAUGAUUGGGAGACAACUGGCCAAUCUCUUGGCAUAUCCUGAUCCCAUAUUUCUUCUGCUGACGCCGGAAGGGACGAGAUUCACGAAGGAGAAGCAUGAGGCGUCGGUGAAGUUUGCCAAGGAGAAGGGCACAACUGCACUCACUCAUCAUCUCAUCCCGAGGACCAGAGGCUUCACCACGAGUCUGCCGCACAUGAGGGAUAAGUGUCCGGGGAUUCUGGAUGUGCAGUUGGCCUUCAAGAGGGACGACAAGGUGGCUCCGACUGUGUCAAAUCUUCUCUGUGGUCGCGGUGUCACGGCCUACAUGUACAUCAACAGGAUUGACAUGAGAGAUGUGCCGGAGAAAGAGGAAGAAGCCGCUGAGUGGCUCCAGGAACUGUUCAGGCAGAAGGAUCGCAUGCAGGAGAGUUUCCACACGCACGGUGACUUCUUUGCCACAUCGGGAGUGGCGCCGAAGCCACAGCAUGAGUUCAAGCCGCGUCUCUCGACGCUGCUCAACACCACCGGCUGGGCUGUGGUCACUCUCACGCCAAUGACAUUCUAUCUGAUCAAGAUGCUGCUCAGCGGCGAGAUAAUCUUCUUCUCCAUUGGUGCUGGUGUUCUCUUCACUUUUCAUACGCUGCUUCAGAAGGCCAUUGGGAUGUCGAAGAUCAGCAAAGGAUCGACUUAUGGUGCUGUCCAGAGGGAUCAUCAGUAGGGAGCUCAGAGAUUGCUUCAGCGAGAGAGGCGCAACGAAUAUAGGCGAGGGAAAGGUUUUCAGAGAUAUAUUCACUUCAGAACCACCUCAAAACUGUACAAAAUGUUAUAUAUUUUGUAUGUUCUCUACAAUUUAUUUUCUUCUGAGCCAUUGAGCUUCCUGGACCAGUGAGGGUUUUUAGUUACCUCCUCAAUUGCCGGUCUCUUGCUUUUGCCUUUAUGGAGUGGGGGAAUUGUGUA